AAAAGCUUCGUUGGGAAACCAUUUUAUGGGUCUGUCAUCUGUUGUGAACAUCGAGUGAAUCCCCAAAAUAUUUUUUCUGAUAUAUUUUUGCUUUAGCUUUGAAAGAACAGCCUGUUGUAGCUGAAGAAAUUCCUACAGAUUCUGCUUAAGAAGAAGAACAACAACAUAGUUUUUGAUUACGCGGUUCUGGUAUUGGAUGAUGGCUGGAAUUUGCUGUGGAGUUGUUGGUGAAGGGGAGACUUCGUCCGCUAUUGAGACGAGUAGUUCUCGGACCUUGAAACGCCGGAAAAUGGAGCUCCUGACUUAUAAGUUCAUCACCGAUGUGACCGUACCAUCGCCGCCGCCGGCGGAGGCGGCGGUGGAGCCUUGCUCCAUGAAGCGGCAGAAACUGGAGCUUCGUCCUUCGAUUUCCUCGUCGCCCCGCGAGUGCGUGAAGGGAUCCGUGGUGGAAAGUUGUGAAGCGAAAUCAUCCAAGGAUGCGAACAGUGAUGGUUUGCGCUUAAAGAAUUGUGACGUGUUGUGUGAUAACUCGAUUUCGGUUCAAGUGGAUGGGAAGGAAGAGUUUCAGGUAGAGAACCCGAAGUAUGGUGUGACUUCUGUCUGCGGUCGGAGAAGAGAUAUGGAGGAUGCUGUUUCUGCGCACCCUUACUUUUCGAACCACCUGGAAGUUUCUGUUGGUAAUGGAUGCCAUUUCUAUGGCGUUUUCGAUGGCCAUGGUUGCUCUCAUGUGGCUAUGAAGUGUAAAGAACGCUUGCAUGAAAUCGUGAAGGAGGAGUUAGAAGGUGAUAAAUCAACUUCUCCUCUGUGGAAAGAGAUGAUGGAGCGUAGCUUCACACGCAUGGACGAAGAGGUCCAGGCGUGGAAUGAAAGUGACAAGAUCUCUAACUGUCGCUGCGAACUUCAGACCCCGCGUUGCGAUGCUGUUGGAUCUACCGCCGUUGUCUCCGUCGUAACCUCGGAGAAGAUCGUCGUUUCUAAUUGCGGCGAUUCUCGAGCUGUUCUAUGCCGAAACGGCGUCGCUAUUCCACUUUCCUCCGACCACAAGCCUGAUCGACCUGACGAGUUGGUUCGAAUCGAAAACGCUGGAGGGCGCGUUAUCUACUGGGACGGCGCGCGAGUCCUUGGAAUGCUUGCCAUGUCGAGAGCGAUCGGCGAUAAUUAUUUGAAGCCGUACGUGAUACCGGAGCCGGAGGUAACCAUCACGGACCGAAUGGCGGACGACGAGUGCCUGAUUUUGGCUAGCGACGGACUAUGGGAUGUGGUGUCAAACGAAACGGCUUGUUGUGUCGCUCGCAUGUGUUUGAGAGCUCAGAAGCCACCACCGUCGCCGUCUAGGUCGCCAGGUGGUAAAGACGAAGCGGCGAGAGUCGUCGCUGACUCGUCUGCCGAGAGCUCCGAUAAGGCUUGUUCAGAUGCAUCCAUAUUGCUCACCAAGCUCGCCUUGGCUAGGCACAGUACGGAUAACGUCAGUGUCGUCGUUGUGGAUUUAAGAAGAGAACGACAACGAUGACAGUAGUAACUUAGACAAAUAUACUAAUCAACUCAACUUAAAAAAAAAUUAGUAUAAAUAUAUAUAUAUAGGGAAACGAUACAGGAGAGUAGUUUCUUUUUUCUGGUAAUUGUAACUUUGUAAUGUAAGUUGUAGGAUUCGCCUUUCUUUCGUUCAACAAAAUUGAGGAAAGGGGAAAAAAAGAAGUCUUUUUCUUCAUAUUGGUUUCAAAAUGAUCCAAGCCAAUUCAGUUGUUUUUUUCCUUACAAGCAAUUUGCUGAAAAUUCGCAAGGGAUAUGGUAUUUGUAAGUAUGUAAUAUGUGGUUGCUGGCCUAAGCUAAUCAUUGAUGUGUUUGUACAACAAUCGAUAUAAAUCCAUAAAUGUGUGCUUUGCUGCAAA